AUGAUGCGCUGCUCCCCUCUAGCCGGCGCGGGACAAACACUCGCGGCGCCACCAGCGCCCUUCCUCGGGGCCACGGCCCUUCGCCUCGACCGACUCGACCCCGCCCCCCGGGCCGCGACGUCCCUUGGGCUCCGGCGACGGGAAGCUGCGGGCGGAGCAAAUUCGCGGCAUCAGAUCCCAAAGGCACCCGUCCCCAUUUGCGCCAUGAGCGACUGGGGCCAUCUCCCGCGCGACCUCUUCGGCCUCAUCCUGCCGCUGCUGCGGCGGCCCGACCUCCGCAGCGCCAACCUGGUCAGCCGCCACUGGCGCGCCCACGCCCAGGCGGCUGUCACCCUCUGGAGGCCCACCCCCCCGGCCUUGGGCCUCUCCCGCCGGGUCUCCGCCCUCUUGCCCAGUAUAACCGGCCUUGACUUCGAGCACUGCUGCGAGCACCUCACCGACGACCGCCUGAAGUCCCUGCUGCGCGACCUGCGGGGGCUGAAGAAGCUGAGGGCGGUCACGCUGGCGUGCUGCAGCGGCGUCAGCAGCCGAGGCCUGCAGGCCCUGGCGGAUGAGAUUCCCAGGCUCGAGUACCUCUCCCUGCGCGCUUGGUCCGCCCAUGACGGCUGCUUGGGGGCGGGCCACACAGAGCUGUCCCCACUUGGGGUGCUGGAUCCUCCCCAACAUCCAUUUCCUUCCGAAAAGGUGUUGGCGGCGUUCACGGCUCUCAGGCACCUGGAUCUGUCCUGGAACCCAAUUGAGGAUGCAGCGCUUGCGGCCCUGGCGCAGCUGACCGGCCUCACCGGGCUGCAGGUCAAGGAGUGCAGCCGACUGACCGACGAGGGGGUGCCCCACAUCGCGGCGCUGCCCAACCUAAGGUACCUCAAUCUGUCCAACACGCAGGUGUCAGACGAGGGGCUGAUGCUGCUCAUGGAUGCGCAGCUGGAGUCCCUGUGCCUGUCCAAGUGCUCCAGGGUGUCGGACGAUGGGCUGUAUUGGGUGGGGAGGAUGGGCACUGUGCGGCAGCUGGACCUGAGUUUGUGCGGGGGCUUGACAUCGGCCGGGAUCGAGCAGCUGAAGGGGCUGCCGUGCCUGAGUGUGCUCCACCUGGGAGGCUGCCGCAGCAUCUCCCCCAGCGGGGUGGUGGCCUUGGAGGGCCUGACACACCUAGAAGUCCUCAACCUGAGGGACUGCCCCUGGGUGUCCGAUGCCACGCUGGGCGUCCUGGCAAAGUGUGCCACCCUGAGGGCCAUUGGGUUGAGGAACUGUGGGUUGGUGGGUGAUGCCGGCCUCAAGGCUGUGGCGGUGCUGCCCGGGAUGGAGUCGCUGAACCUGAGGGGUUGCGAGAAGGUGACGGACGACGGGCUGCGCACGCUAGCUGCUGUGACCGCCCUGCAGGACUUGGACCUCAGCUACUGCGGAAGCGUCACGGACUGGGGUGUUGCGGCGAUCGCCACGCUGCCAAAACUGCGAAGGCUGGUGCUCAACUGGUGCCGCCAGGUUUCGGCAGAGGGGUUGAUGCACCUCAGGGAGCGACGGCACACCCUCAGACAGCUGUCCAUCAAGGGGUGCCACAUGCUGUCCUCUGCCAACCUGGUGUCCAUAGCCUCAAGCCUGCCUGUGCUCGAGGAGGUGGACUACGAGUUGUGCCAGUGCUCGGUGCAGGUGGAUGUGUGCCAGGGGGCUGGCUGUGGGACAACACGUCUCCCAGACAUGAGCCGAAUCGACUCUGUGGGGUGCUUCCAGGAGGUCUGCUGA